AAACUUAGUAGUCAGUGUCAAUUUCUUACACAAAACGCAAGAAUGCGUCAAGAACUCGAUAUCACAGGCCAAAUUACUGCCCUGGCUGGGACAAUCAAGUCCGAGGAACUCGAUGAAGUUACCCGGCUACAGGCUUUGAGUGCUGCUCGAGACUUGCUAGAGACCCUGGAGUCACCGGUUGAAAGAAUUAUCCAGGAUGUUGUGAUGAACCCUCCCAUAUUGACGUCUAUUCGCAUGGGGGUCCAACUCGGCAUAUUCACGCAAAUCAGCCAGAACCCAGAGCAUGGAGUGACUGCCCAGGAAAUUGCGGAAAGAUCUGGAGCAAGUCCGAUCGUUGUUGACCAGUUUCUCCGGCUUCUUGCAGUAACAGGAUAUGUGGAUCAACAUGCACAAAGGUUCAAGCCUUCAGUUCGAACCAUGGUAAUGGCAGACCCUAACAUGGAAGCAACCACACGCGCAUGCUUUGACAUCGGAAAUUGCUGUACCUCGAAAGCCCCGGAGUUCUUCCGUCAAAAUAAAAACCAAUUCCCUUCAUCAGCUAGAGACACUCCGUUUCAGUUUGGGCUGAACACCGAUCUCAACUAUUUUGAGUGGCUUGAUCAGAAUCCAGCUCUGGCAAAAGACUUCCAACAAUGGAUGGCUCUCAAGCAGGAGGCUACAGCUAGCUGGACAGAUUGGUUCGAUAUACAAAAGCAUAUCAUUGAUGGCUUCGAUGUCCAGUCUCCGGAUAACGUCCUGCUUGUGGAUGUUGGUGGAGGCGAGGGAAAAUAUCUGCGCGAGUUUAAAGAGAAGUUUCCCACCGCUCCCGGUCAGUUGGUAUUGCAGGAUCUCCCAAACGUUGUUUCGGCAAUCGAAAAUCCACCUGAUGUGGAGUUGAUGGCGCAUGACUUUUUCACUCCUCAGCCCGUGAAAGGCGCUCGGACAUACUUCAUGCAUUGGAUUCUUCAUGACUGGUCAGACGAGCGAUGUCGGUCCAUCUUGACGAACAUUGUGGCUGCAAUGAAGCCGGAUUAUUCGCGGCUGAUUCUUCACGAAUCACUCCUCCCAGAUACAAACUGUGACCUAUCAUCGGCAUGUAUGAGCAUUAUGAUGAUGUUACAAGUUGCAGCUUUUGAACGUUCCGAAGAGCAGUGGCGAGAUUUACUUGAAUCAGUCGGGUUGUCACACGUUACUUUCUAUCAAUCCCCUGGGAAUGGAGAGGGCAUCAUUGAGGCUAUCAAGUUAUAA